AUGGAUGGUGUGUAUGGCACUUCUCAAAACUGUGAAGAUGCCAGAACGGAUACAUUCCACAAUAAGUACCUGGGAGGCUUCGGCUACAUGACAGUUACUCCAUGUGGAUAUCAGCAGUGCGUGACCUUGUGUCUGGUACAGCGGGAAUGUCAGAGCAUUAACUACCACCGAUCUCGUCUGGACUGUGAACUUAACACUGAGACUACGGACACUGCUGGAUCUAUGUCGGACAGGGACGGUAACACCUUCAAAGACAUGAACGACACAACGUAUCCCACACCACCUGCAGGGGACUGUCAGAAAACCACGUGUCCGGAAUACCAUACAUGUGUAAAACUGACCAAUGGUAACACUGUAUGCGCAGCACCAGUAAGUGAAAUUAUUACGACGACGGAAACGCCGACAACGACAACCACUACUACCACCACCCCGGCUCCUACAACGACAACCACUACUACCACCACCCCGGCUCCGACAACAACGACAACCACUAUCACCACCACCCCGGCUCCUACAACGACAACUGUGGGAACUCUUACCUGUGUGUCACCAUAUUCCGAGAAUGUGUUGGCAGGGCUGUGCCUGUACCACGGCACCGGACUGUCCUGGUCUGGGGCAAACGCAGGUUGUCCUGUAACUGGCCGCCUCCUAGUGGCAGACACUACUGAUAAAAAGACAGCCGCCGUUACGUUAUGUCCGUCUAGCACGAGCUGCUGGAUCGGUGCUACUAAAUCAAGUGGGACUUUUUAUUGGUCGACUGGGGAUGUUUGUAACGCGGAUGAAGCUGGAAGCGGAGACUGUAUUCGCGCGAGGGAUGGCAUACUCAAGGGAGGCAACUGUGGCACAGCUGUCGAUUACAUUUGUGAACAAACUUAAUGCACAUUCAUCAUAUAUUAUUCGAAAUGACUAAGAUACAUAUAUAAUGUUUGUAUGCCAACAGUUUCCAUAGGUAAACAGGUUAUAAUGCUGUUCUCCCUAAAUACACGAAUUUAUCAUUAUAAAUAUCAACUUUUCUCAACAGUAGUUACCCCGUGACAGAGAGACGACAGCGAGGAAAUUAUAUGACGACAUUUUUAUAAAUGGAAUAACUCUGAUCGAUUUUACAAUGUAUUCGUCGUCGUCUUCUUUUUAAUGUUUUAUAUUGAUGUCAAAAUGGAGAGGUUCACUAAGUUAAAUGUUCGUAUUAUAAAUCUAUAUCCUGGUGUCGGCUCACUGAUGUACCUAGAUUAUCUUAUUGUUUAUCCAUGCGUUACGUAGUCCUAAAUAAGUUGUAGUAACUAAUUAUAAUUGACAAACUUAGCUAAACUUGUGUAACCUUAGUUUGUAACCAAGUAGUAAAGACAUGCUAUAUACAAUGCAAGGGAGAGAAUGUAAGACUCUUUCAUGCCCAGGGGUGUAUGAUAGGGAAAUUCCACAUGAGGGGUUUUCAAAUUUAGUAAAGCCCCAGGUUUUGCCAUCAAAAUACCAGAAUAAGCUAAGAAACCAUGAAGAUGCGUGUGGACUGUUUUGAAAACAUCUAUUUUCCCCCUGAGGUUUUUAGACGAAAUCAAAUCUGUCAGCCAUAUUAAGCAUACUGCAUAUUUGUAAACAAUGUUUACACAGAAAAAAUAAUCACAUCUUUCUAACGUAUACGGUAGAUACACCGUAAAAGGUUUAAAUUCAUCACGUCGCCUUUUCCGCAUUGCGACAUAGGAGACUUUCCAAAUUAAUUACGUCACGUCAUUGUUGAGCCAUUGUGACGUCACGUCACGUGAAAUUGGAUGCACGAUGGAAAUUUCUUACACCCCUUUCUUUCCCUGGACAGCUCUAUCUUACACACAGUGAAGUGAGAGAAAUAUCAUAUAUUGAAAGAACGUGACUAUGUAAGAUAUUCAAAUGUCAUAUAUUAAACCUUAUAUGUCCGCGAUGUUUCUGUUUCAAAUUCUUGUUUAUUUUUUGCGUCUUGUCAUGGUUUACUCAAAAUACAUUUUUUAUAACAUAUGAAAAGGUGACUCUACUCCUGAUAGAUUUGUUUAUAAAAGAGGACAGAUAUGUUCUAACAGCGAGGUUUCCUAUUGAAAGCGUAGAGUGAUUGUUGUUUGUAGUAAGGAAUUGUUUUAUUUAAAGAACAAUUGACGUUCAACUUGAUAUCAGUAAAGAGUUUAAACAGAAUAUAUAAUGAAUAACUGUUUAUUAUCAUAGAUACUAGUAGUGUGUAAUAAAAAUAAUUAUUUUUUCGUAAAUAGUCAAACACGGUUCACCAUGUUUGAAAUAAAUAUCCUGGAACAGGACUAUUUGAUUUUAGACAUACAUUGUAUUCUAUGUUAAAAUAAGGAAAAGUAUUGAAACCAGGUUACCAAGCCGAUCAGUCCUAGCCAUCUAUGGUGACAAUGCAAUGAUAAUAAUAACGUAUGGAAAGUAAGAAUGAAUGGAAAUGAUCAUGUGAAAUAUUUCAUAAGUAUGAAACUGCUGUGACACCAAUAAUAUAUAUUCUUACUAUUAAUGUCUCUUCCCUAUCUUACAGCCUUAACCUUAUUUAAUGUUCAUCUCACUCCUUUAGUUCUUCGCCGUAUACCAAGACAGGUGUCCAAUGAUGAUGUUAUUGAAUUGUACCCAAUUAGUCAAUCCUGCAUGUACAUUCUUAAUAACUAAAAUACAUCGUAAGUGUGUAUCCUUAAAGUAAGGGGAUGAACUAUAAAUGGGUGGGGGUUAGGGAGCGUAAUCUUACAGGAAUGUUACCAUUUAAAAGGAUAUCAAACAAUAUAGCCCUUUAAAAGUAUAUAUUUCAGACAUAUAAUGUAA